AUCGAGGACUACGAUCAGAACCUGCGACAGGUAAAACAAGCAAGGAGGGUCGCUCCUAUUAGUUGAUUUACAACCAUGACUCUGUCUGAUGCCCAACGUGCAGAAAAAUCCAGCAUAGUUGCAUUCGCUGGCGCAGGAAUAAGGCGGGGUACGAUUGAGAGGUUCGACGAUGACGUGUAUGUCACAGCGAACUUCGGCUAUAUGGACGAUGCGGAGCUCUCCUCCCUUUGCUUGGAGCGAUUCUCGACGACGAGUAACGCCUAUCAUCCAUGCUUCUUCGUUGUACUUGACAAGAGAACGGAGAAGGAUGGAAGCGUAUUAUUGUACCACCAAAAUGAAGAUGGUACCGACAGAGUGUCUAUCCGGGUCAGCCCUGCAACUAUCCCAUCUCUUGUCGUGUUGCUGGACACGGGAAUGAAUGAUAUUCCCUCCAUCAAAGCCAACCAUUACCCUAAAGGCGAAGAAGACGCUAAAGAUUGGGUGUACGAUGCUUGUCUCGAUUGUUCCGACAUUCAGAUCAACAUUAGACUUCCUUCAUGGGAGUUCAAACGACAGUCUCCUGGCCCUGACGACGACAUGGAAAUCUUGAAGAAGCGCGGGAUACGGUUCUCUGCCGCCUAUGAAGCUGCGAACAUAGAAUUGAAAUGGUUUGGCGAAGCGCCAGACUCCCUGUUGUUGCAAGCCUUCAUUUCCGAGAAACAGAACCGUAUCUUCGUUACUGGGGCUAUUGAAUAACUUGAUCGACCUAUUGUCUCGAAAGUCGAAGGUAUUCCGAUCGUUGAUUAAUGUAUUUGGACAGGGGAUUGGAAGUGAAAUGUAAAGGCGGAAUUUCGGGAAAACGCCGUCGAGGCCCGUCGCGACGUAUCAGUCCUUUGCGAUGUUCCUCAUACCGGUCAUACACGGAGGCUAAAA